AGUAAAGGGGACGGCCAGGGCAGGACAGCCGCCACGUCGCAAAGGUCCUCGAUGUGUUUCAGGAUCAGGCGUUCCACUACAUGGUGAUGGAAGCGUACACCGGUGGAGACCUCACAACCUUGGGCAGAAGGGCAGCAAGCAGCGGCGUCAGCCUGAGUGAGCGCUGGUGGCGUGGCCUUUUCAAGCAGUGCUUGGAGGGCCUGGCUCACCUGCACAGCAGAGGCUUUAUCCACUGCGACGUGAAGGAAUCCAACGUAGUCGUGGCCAGCAGCAGCUCGUAUGCGGCACCGCGGCCAGUGCUGGUGGACAUGGGGCUGUGCGUGCCGUUCGAUGACACCGCGGGUGAGGGCGGCACCAUAGGCUACAUGCCUCCAGAGGUGUUCACCGAGCGCAGGUGGUACCCCAACGGCGACACUUUCAGUCUCGGCAUCGUGAUCUUCCAAAUGGCGAUCGGGCAGGUCCCAGACGCCACGCGAAAGGUGCCGGGCGUGCUGUACGGGACUACUGGAUGUCCGCUGGGUCGCUGCGGCGAGCUGCGCCCCGGCGCGUGGGCUGCCGCGCAUCAGCCGCUGCCGUGGGACCGGUUCCCCCGCAGCUGGCCGGAGCUGUGCGCCCUUGCCGGCCUGAUGACGGAGCGCGACCGUGCGCGGCGCCCGCGGCCGGCGCAGGCCCUCCGCCACGCCUGGUUCGCCUCUGACAGCGACGCCGCGCUGCCGGCGGCGAGCCUGCAGGGGCUGCUGGGCGCUGGCGCCAGCGGCUCCGCCGAGGAGGCCCCCUCGCCCGCGGGAGGCCCGUGGAAACCGGGCGCCGUGCUGCCGGAACCCAGGAUGGCGCCGCCGCGCGGCCCGCCGAAGUGCUCCGACGGUCGGCCCCCUGCCAGGCCCACAUGGCCCCGUCGGCUGCCACCGCCAGUGUCGGUGCCACCAGGGCUACAUGCCACUGCUUGUGCAGGAGGCGCCGCUCGGGCAGCCGGCGCCCCGCGCGGGGCCGGCGCCCCGCGCGGGGCCGACGCCCCGCGCGGGGACGCGCGGGGCGGCGGGUAGGGCCAGCGCCGCCCCGAAGGAGAAGGAUCUUGCUCUUGGGGCGCUGUGGGGGCCUUCUGGGCUUCGGGGGUGCCCUUUCGUCGCCUCUCCCCCCCUACUUUCCUCGUCGUGCUGUGCUGCCCCUCCUGGCUCCUCCUCCCCUCCUUUCUCUCUUCUCUUCCUGGGACAUGCUCGGCACCCGAUCCGCCUCGGCCUGGCAGUCGCCGCGCUGAGGGGGGCCGUCAAUUCGGGCGUCCGAAGGACAGGGGCGCGCCAGUGGCCACCAGUAGGGUAGCACCCCGGUCGCCCAGCGGCCGUCUUUUGCACUGGUUUGCGUGACACGAGCUAAUGCGAGGACACGCGCUCCUCACCUUCCAACCUCACGCUCUCUCACAGUCACGAGGGAGCCUUGGCGCGUGGAGGCAAA